AAGGCGGCUCGAGGCGAGCUGGCCUGCGGGUUGCUGCGGCCACUUUGCCGUGUCGUGGCCGCCAGUGGCGAGAUGGAGGGGCCGGGGCUGGGCUCGCAGUGCAGGAAUCACAGCCAUGGCCCCCACCCUCCAGGAUUUGGUCGACAUGGAAUCUGUGCAUCUGAAAGCAAAGAACUUGCCAAAGCGAGAGAAGCUCUUCCUCUUAUAGAGGACUCUAGUAACUGUGACAUUGUAAAAGCUACUCAAUACGGGAUUUUUGAACGUUGUAAAGAGUUGGUAGAAGCAGGAUAUGAUGUCAGGCAACCAGACAAAGAAAAUGUAUCGCUUCUUCAUUGGGCUGCUAUUAACAACAGGCUGGAUCUUGUAAAGUUUUAUAUUUCAAAAGGUGCUGUAGUAGAUCAGUUGGGUGGAGAUUUAAAUUCGACUCCUCUUCACUGGGCCAUCAGACAAGGACAUUUGCCUAUGGUCAUAUUAUUACUACAGUAUGGAGCAGACCCCACUCUCAUUGAUGGGGAGGGCUUCAGCAGCAUCCACCUGGCAGUAUUAUUUCAACACAUGCCCAUUAUAGCCUAUCUCAUCUCCAAAGGACAGAGUGUGAAUAUGACAGAUUUAAAUGGGCAGACACCUCUCAUGUUAUCAGCUCACAAAGUACUUGGGCCAGAACCAACUGGAUUUCUUUUAAAGUUUAAUCCUUCUCUCAAUGUGGUUGAUAAAAUACACCAAAACACUCCACUCCACUGGGCGGUUGCAGCAGGAAAUGUUAAUGCAGUCGAUAAACUUUUGGAAGCUGGUUCUAGCCUGGAUAUUCGAAAUGUUAAGGGUGAAACACCUCUUGAUAUAGCUCUACAAAACAAAAAUCGCCUCAUUAUUCACAUGCUAAAAACAGAAGCCAAAAUGAGAGCCAACAAGAAGUUCAGACUUUGGAGGUGGCUGCAGAAAUGUGAGCUCUUCCUGCUGCUGAUGCUUUCAGUGAUUACCAUGUGGGCUGUUGGAUACAUACUGGACUUCAAUUCAGAUUCUUGGCUUUUAAAAGGAUGUCUUCUUUUAACAUUGUUUUUUCUGACAUCUUUGUUUCCAAGGUUCUUGGUCGGGUAUAAGAGCCUCGUAUACUUACCAGCGGUCUUCCUGCUAAGUUCCAUUUUUUGGAUAUUUGUGACUUGGUUCAUCUUAUUCUUUCCUCAUCUAGCAGGCACCCCUUUCUAUUUUGCUUUCCUUCUCAGCAUAAUAGGCUUCCUCUACUUUUUCUAUAAGACUUGGGCAACAGAUCCAGGCUUCACCAAAGUUUCUGAAGAAGAAAGGAAAACGAAUAUCAUCACCCUUGCAGAGACUGGCUGUCUGGACUUCAGAACAUUUUGUACAUCCUGUCUUAUAAGGAAGCCGUUAAGAUCACUGCACUGCCACGUGUGUAACUCCUGUGUCGCUCGAUAUGAUCAGCAUUGUCUGUGGACUGGACGGUGCAUAGGUUUUGGCAACCAUCGCUAUUACAUAUUCUUCUUAUUUUUCCUUUCCAUCGUUUGUGAUUGGAUUAUAUAUGAAUCUUUCAUCUAUUGGUCAAAUCAUUGUGCCACAACAUUCAGAGAAGAUGGACUAUGGACCUACCUCAAUCAGAUUGUGGCCUGUUCCCCUUGGGUUUUAUAUAUCUUCAUGCUAGCAGCUUUCCAUUUCUCUUGGUCCACAUUUUUAUUAUUAAAUCAACUCUUUCAGAUUGCUUUUCUGGGCCUGACCUCCCACGAGAGAACCAGCUUGCUGAAGCAGAGCAGGCAUAUGAAACAGACAUUGUCCCUCAGGAGGACCCCAUACAACCUUGGGCUCACACAGAACCUCGCAGAUUUCUUUCAGUGUGGCUGCUUCGGCUUGGUGAAGCCCUGUGCCGUGGAUUGGACAUCACAAUACACCAUGGUCUUCCACCCAGCGAAGGAGAAGGUUCUUCGCUCCGUAUGAAGAAAAGCAACCCCAGACUCUCCCUCUGACCUGCUAGCAUUUAUGUUGAUGCCCUGUGGUCUGCAAGUGAAGUGAAGAUUCAGAGUUCACCUAAGCCCAAAGGAAAAUGCAGGUGGUUUUUAAAGCUAUUUGGUAAAAACAAGUUCUCAAUAAAGGCAUUACACUUUUAGAUUUAGCAGGGUGGACUGUUCCUGAACAAUCUUGGCAGACAUCUAAAGAAACUUAUAUUUUUCACAAGAAAAUACAAGUUACAUUUUUUUGGAGAUAAUAUUCACUAAUUAUGGAUAAAAUGUAUUUUCAAAUACUUUAUUGGUUGUUUCAAAAUAGUACUAUUCUUUAAACUUGUAAUUUUUGAUAAAUUAUUUGUGUUUGUUUUAUCUAUAAAUAUGUAAAAAAUAUUUAAAUAGAUGUAUCUGUUUUGCUUUCACACUUAAUAAAUUUUUUUUUU